UUAUACACUGAGUGCAGUGUGGACUGUCAGUUUAAUGAUUAUUGGUAGAGACAAAAAAUAUCUUGAAGUCGUUGGAUCCGUUGUAUGACAUAGGGUUAAGUGUUCUCAAUUGAAGGUUCUUGUUAUAUUGCAUUUACAGCCAAACCUGGGGAAACUUAAACAUUUAGAGCAACAUUGCAGGAAGAGUGAUAAUAGUUUCAAAUACAUGUGCUUAAAUUUUAUACCAAGUGCAGAUAGUAGAACGUAAGGUCAAGCAUGGUGGUAAUAAAUGGAAGACAUUUAAUGUAUGGUCUUGCUGGAAGUGGAAUUUCAUUAGGAUUCCUCUGGGGAAUACUCGAUGGAAAAAAAUAUGCCUCUGCAUCAUGGACCACUAACUCUGUACCAUCCAUAAAAUGGGACUCAAACUGGGACAGGAGAGAAUCACUCAAUUUAGGAAAAUCCCCACAGAACAGAGAACCUGGAGAAGAUAAUCAAUACAAUGAACAACACGGAAAGGCCAAACCCAAAGCUUCACGACACCUGAUCUUAAUUCGACAUGGUCAGAGUACUCCAGUCAGCAAAGACUGUGAUACAAAGCUCACAGAAUUAGGUAGGGAACAGGCAAGCAUUACAGGGAAGCGGCUAAAGGACUUAAAUUUCCCCUACACUCGGAUAGUCCAGUCUUCCAUGCAGCGAGCCUUAGAAACAUCCCAAUUAAUUCAAAUUCAUAUACCAGGAGUGAAAGUAGAAACUUGUGCUUUGUUGCAAGAAGGAGCACCAAUUCCUCCAGAACCCCCUAUUGACCACUGGAAACCUAAACCUGAGAAUUUUUACCAAGAUGGUGCCAGGAUUGAAGCUGCCUUCAGGAAAUACUUUCAUAGAGCAUUACCAAGCCAAGAAAGUGAUAGUUAUGACGUACUAGUGUGCCAUUCAAAUGUAAUUCGUUAUUUUCUUUGCAGAGCCCUGCAGUUCCCUCCAGAAGCCUGGUUGAGAUUCACACUUCAUAACUGUAGCAUAACCUGGAUUGUUAUUCGACCAAAUGGACGAGUCAUUACAUAUAGCAUUGGAGAUAUUGGUCAUAUCAAUAGUGACAAAAUGUCAACAUCGUGAUUUUUUGUGGAACAUCAGAAGGGUAAAUAGUUUCCAAACUAGUGGCAAGUGCAAAGUUUUCUAGGCAAACAAAAUAUAUUUUAGAAUAUACUUCAAGUCAAAGUGGAUGUACCUUCUAUUAGAUAAUCCUUAACCAUAAUAACAUUUCAUAAGUCUUUGGUAAAGCUGAUUCUUUGUGCAAGUAGAAAAGGCCUUAAAAUGAAUUUUAACAAAAUAUGACUGUUCAUACAUAGUCCUUUCUUUUUUAUGGAUUUCUCCUGACUCUAUUUUGAUUGCUGGAGGUCAGUUCGGUCUCCAUGCCAAGUUGUUAUGGAAGUCUGGUACCGAGAGAGAACUUAAUUUGUAUUGACAUUAAAUUUGGUCAGUGACCUGUAAAAUCUUUAUCUUAGGGUUGCACUACAUCAACUUCAUGGUUCUUCAGACUUGAAAGUAACAUUUAAAAAAUAAAAGUAGAGACAGCAGUUUAUAGUAAAACAUAUACUUACUAAAACCAAAUUGAAAAACUAUUAAUGGUUGUUAUAUAGUUGUAAUGUUACUAAUUUCAUAUCCUAUUGGACAGUUUCUUUAAUUUUAAUAAUUAAUUUCAUUACUAGAAAAUUUUAAACCAGUGUACCCUGACUGUUUUAAACUUAUACUGUAGAUAUAAAAAAAAUUCUGUGUUACUCUUCUAAAUAAGGCUUUAACACAUUGAAUAGCAUAUUAUUGUGUAUUAAGAUAUUUAAUGCAUUAUUACAAUAUGAAACCAUGUGUACUGUUAAAUAAGUUAAAGUUGCUUUUUAUUAUGUAAUAUGAAUUUAAAAAUUAUUAUUAUAUAUAUAAUUAAAUUUAACUGAAAAAUGUAGUUUUAUCUGCUUAAAUAACUUAGAUGAACUUCAGAUAACAAUGCUUCCUUUUAAUUAAACCAGACAGUUGUAUCAGCAAGUUUUGACCUUAUUCUUCUCCAUGUCCUUCUAAUCAUUUAACCUCAGAAUACAAGUUAUGUAUGUAUAUAUAUCUUAGAACUACACAAAACAUCUUUUGCAUUUGUAACUAUUCACUACUGGUGAAUCGAGGUAUUGCAUUUUAUUAAGGCAAUUUUGUUUUGUUUUUUACAGCACUAAGUGUAAAUUUUCUUUGUAAAAUGCAUAUGGAAUCCCAGCAGUGAUUAGUGUGGUUAAUUUAUAUAUGAAUAGUAGUUUUGUUUACAUUUUUUAGAUGUAGUUUCUAUGUUAUUAUUGAACCUGUAAUGAACACAAUUUUGGAUAUACAAGGAAUAUAGUACAUAAAUUGUCCAGAAUAAUGUAGGAUUCUCAUUAUAUGUUCAAGUUUUUAACUCUUAUAGCCCAGAAGGAUGUUUCCUGCCUUAAGGGAAAAAUUGCACCACUUAAUUAAAAACAAAUUAUACAAAACAAACUUGUAUUGUUGUUCUUCAGAUUUGAAAUUUAUUCCGUAAAAGUUAUCUAUUUAAUUUUAUACAUAAAAAUAAAAAACAUUUUGAUUUUAGCAUGUUCUGACAGAAAUUAUAAGUGCUUGUGAAUUUUGGAAUUUUUUCCAAGAAUAAUUCAGCAUUUGUAACCUUCUAGGAGGAAAUUCAUAAUAGCUCUGAUCAAAAUAAUGUUAAUUUUAACUUGCAACUUGAAUACAAGUGUGGUUAUAUUCAUUUUUAUUCAGUCACUGUUGUUGUGAUGUGAUGUAAUUUAUACCUCAAUCUUGAGAACUCAUCCGCUAGCAAUCUAAAAAUAUGAUUAAAGCUCUUUUUCUGUUCCUUUCAGCUAUACGGCCCAACAUAGCUUCCAUUUUAAUGUAGACUUGUAUAUAGAGUAAUGUGAUACUACUUGCAUUGUUCUUUGAAAAAUAACAAAAGAUAAAAUUUAGUUUUAAAGGAAAGUUUUACAAGCAUAUAGGAAGACACUAAAAUCCACAACAAAAACAAUAAUUUUUGUUUCAGGAAAGAAAUGUUUUCAAAAUUUAUUAUUUACAGAAACUACAUAAACUGUAGAAACUUCAACUGAAGUUUCAAAUAAUUUUACCUAGGAGUUUUUUUUUUAAAUGCAACAAAACAACACACAAUAGGUGUAAAAUCAACACACGUAGGCAGGAAAAGUUAUAGUAUUGUGGGAUCGAUGUAAAAAUCUCAUUUCUGAUAGAAGGCUAUUGUAGUUUCAAAUGUUAUCAAUGUUAAGAGGUGUAACAAGCCUUCUAGCACUGCAUAUAAUUUCAAUAAAACAUUUUUUUAAUGUUGUUUUACUUUCUUCAAUUUCUAUAGUGUUUUAUAGUUAAUUUGAAUGUUCAAUUUUUAUAGCAAUGUGGCUGUGCUAUUAAGUUUUAAUCUCUUGGUUGCUUAGAUCUGUCAUCUUUGAGAUCAAAAUGAAGAUAAUGCUAUCAAAGCAUCUUUUCAUUACCAAUUUUCACAAUUAUUUUAAUAUUUCAUUCAUUACCUCAUACUUAGUAAUAUAUGCUGUAUAGUGUCUUGCAUGUAAGCUUCUAAUGUUGAGGUUGCAAUUAAAGACAUUAAAGUUUUUCACUUCUUGUAUGACCAAUUGCUAAGAAUAAUGUUCAUCCUAAUGUGUCUUGUUAUUCUUGAUGCUAAACGUCACUUCUACCAUUUUUAUGAUAUGAAAAGAUGAUUAGUAAAACAUCCUGAAAAAGUUUUAAGAUGAUUACUCAUAAUUAUAAUUGUACUAAAAUUAGGAAAUGGUGUUUAUAUUUCAAAACUUCUGAUUAGUAGUAAUGUUGACAAAUUUUGUAGUGACAUUGAGAUAGGAAAUGCAUAUCUUGUUAUAUAUCAACACAACAGAAUAUUUUCAAAUAAAACUAAGAAAAUCAUAACUUUUGAAGGGAGAACAGAAUGGUAAGAAACAACGUUUAUUAAUCAAAGCAAAUAAACAUCCAGAAGACACAAUUCACAAAUAAGCUACAAGUUAGUAAACCUCUUCCCAUUUUAACUGAUACACAAUGUUUUUCUUUCCAUUUCAGUAAUUUUUUUGUUAUAUAUAUAUACAAAUGUACACAAUAUAAAACUAUUUUUAAGUAGUUAAAAAUAAGCACAAAGUAUACAAUAAUAUAUUCAGAUAGUAUGAAUUAUCACCACAAAUUGACUUUCAUUACCUGUGGUUUUGGUAAGAAAAGAUAUUAUAUGGUUGGAUAAGGCAAAAACUAUUAUCUUAUGAUUCUAAG